AUUAAAGUCACCAUGUGGAUUUCCAUCCUCUUCUUGCUUGCUUGUAUUUAUCUGCACAACACUCAUGUCUAUGGCGUUCGGACCGGAGGCUAUUCACGUCCCAAAUGUCCGACCAAGGAUCAACAGAAUAUGUUUUCUUCUGUGAUUCAAAGACAUGGUGGAAAAUAUGGAUUGCCCGAGAGUUCGAAAUUGAAGCUAUUACAAGUAGAAGUGCAAAUGGUUAUGGGGAAAAACUUCAGGGGGCUGGUACGCAUGAAUGGGAAAGGUUGCUACAGUGUUGUGAUUCACCAAGCCAUCCCUCAAAACCAGGGUCAGACGGGGCCUCGCACUAUCCGUUCUGCCGAAGAGGUUGACUGUCAACAAACCAUCACAUGUUAA